AGUAAAUAGUAUGCAGUUUAAGUAUGUAGAACGCUAGAAUGGAUAUUCGGACAUUUGCAAUGUUACAAAGUUUCAUUUGACAGAAAGACGUGUGACUACUCCCUCGUGUGGCGGUAAUAAUGGGUUUAGUUUAGAAGCGUCCUAUUUUUUUGUAACUCUUCGGAUACCUCUCUCUCCGGGCUGUAGCCUACGCAGCUAAAACGAUUUAACAAGGUCUCUAGUGUAUGACGGGCAUUUCUUUGAUUUCGUUUGUAAUUGUCGUUUGAUCGCUGACACUAUAAUUUUUUUAAAAACGGGAAAUAGUUGAAUGUUGAUGACGUGCCAUUUAUUUUCUCGGUUGAACCGGUGAGCGGGGCAGUAGCCUCCUCUUUUGAGAUGUCAACCUGGCUUCCUGUUCUACAACAUUAUAAAACGAGGACAUUAUUGUUUUUGAUUAAGUAAUUGUUGUUCGUCAUAUUGAUUUCUGCGUAAACUGAAACGUUUUUUUUAUCGAAUUCUGAGAGUAUUGGCCUAUUUUCCCACCAAGGACCGGUAUGGAUUUCCAUCGCUCGGUUCCAGGCUAACACGGGCUAUCAGUUGUCUUUCUCCUAAAGGCAAAGCUAUUCUUUUAUUUAUUUAUUGUGUGGAGCCUCUCCUACCUGAGUCUGGGAUAGAGGCGGACAUACAGGUCAAGAGCAUCCUCUCUUCAGACUGAUACCUUCUACCAGCUGUAAAGCCAGCCCAUCACUCUGAGCCUGUCUUCACCCCCCUCUGAUACGGCGUGUCCCUCCUCCAGCUCAGUGAUGACGUCUCGGGUGUUGAUGAGGCAGGAGCUGAUGCGCCAGCAGGCCAGGGACCAGGAGAGGAGAGAGGCCCAGCAGCAGGUCUCCUCGGCCCAGCUACGCACCACCGACUCCUCCCCAGCCAUCUCCAUGGCCCCAGAGCAUACCGGAGCCCGACCACCCCCUGCCCAGGUCCCUGUGGAGGUCCUCAAGGUUCAGACCCACCUGGAGAACCCCACCAAGUACCACCUCCAGGCCUCCCAGAGACAGCAGGUUAAACACUACCUCUCCUCCACCGUGGGGAACAAACUGACCAGUCAGACGCUGGGCACCUCCCCUUCACCUCAGUCCGGAUCCGCCCGCGAGCUCCAGCCUGCAGCCAGCAGCACUCCCAGCAGCCCAUUGGCUGUGCUCAGCCUGAGCUCCAACAAAGAGGAGAUGGAAGAUGUGAUUGAUGGCAUCAUCAGUUUUGAAUCCGGUCUCAACGAUGAGUUCUUUCAGUUGAUGGACCCUGUACUACAGCUAGCCAACACGCUGCCAGUGUCAAGGAACAUGCUGGAUGUGUACAGCAGUGGAGGGAUGGUUGCUCCUACCAUCACCGUCUCUAACUCCUGUCCUGCUGACUUGCACGCCAUCAAGACUGAGUUAACCGGUACCGUGGUGGAGGCUAAAGCUAUGAUGAAGGAGCGACAGAAAAAGGACAAUCAUAACCAGAUUGAGAGACGGAGGAGGUUCAACAUCAACGAUCGCAUCAAGGAACUGGGAGCUCUCAUCCCCAAAUCUAGUGACCCACCCCCGUGCUACGGAGACAGGGAGACGCGUUGGAACAAGGGCACCAUCCUGAAGGCGUCUGUGGACUACAUCAGGAGGCUGCAGAAGGAGCAGCAGAGAGCCAAGGAGGUGGAGACCAGACAGAGGAAACUGGAGCACAGCAACCGCAGCCUACUGCUACGCAUACAGGAGCUAGAGAUGCAGGCCUGCCUCCACGGCCUCUCCACCCCCGCCUCCUCCUCCCAGGGCUCCUCCUCCUCACACCUCAGCCUAUCACAAUCCCUGGACCCCAGCACGGGCGACACCCUCUCCAAGACCCUCCUGUCCCUGAGUGGUGGCCCAGGCCUUCAGGCCACCUCCCCCUCCUUUCUGUCUCCACCCCCCUCGGCCUCGCCGGUUGGCCUGAUGAACAUGGCUUCUCCUCUGGGCUUCUCUGAGCUGGACGACCCGUCUGCCACAGCCUUCCACUCCUCCCUGCUACCGGACAUGGGUCUUGGGGACAUCUUGAUGGACCAUGGGGGGAUAGGGAUGUCCCCGGUGUGGGCCCGAGAGCCCUUGCUCUCCUCCAUCUCCCCAGGAGCCUCCAAGACCUCCAGCCGCAGGAGCAGCUUCAGCAUGGAGGAGGACUUGUGACUGAGUUAAAGGACCCUAGUCCUUACACUGCUAGGCAAGAGCAGCUUCAUGCAUGGAGGAAGACCUGUGCCUGGGCUGAGUCCAAAACCAACCCCUAGACCAGCGUUUCCCAAACUCGGUCCUCGAGAUCCUAAAGGGGUGCACGUUUUGGUUUGUGACUUAACACUACACAUCUGAUUCAAAUGAUCAAAGCGUUAUGGUUCAUUGAUUAUUUGAAUCCACUGUGUAGUGCCAGGGCAAAAACCAAAACGUGCAUCCUUUAGGAUCCUGAGGACCGAGUUUGGGAGACCCUUCCCUAGACCCUAGCUUCUAGACCCUGGCUCCUAGACCCUGGCUCCUAGACGCUAGACCCUAGCUCCUAGACCCUGGCUCCUAGACCCUGGCUCUUAGACCCUAGCUCCUAGACCCUGGCUCCUAGACCCUAGCUCCUAGACCCUGGCUCCUAGACCCUGGCUACAAGACCCUGGCUCCUAGACCCUGGCUCCUAGACCCUGGCUCCUAGACCCUAGCUCCUAGACCCUAGCUCCUAGACCCUGGCUCCUAGACCCUGGCUCCUAGACCCUAGCUCCUAGUAAUUGUUUAAGACACAAGGUUAUUUGUACAUCAGUCAGUCUGCAAUGUAGUUCAUCUGGAACACGACUUAAGGCCCUAAGCCUAUCAGAGGACUGGGAUGGAGCCUCCACAUACCAUGCAUGGCCUCGUCCAUCAAUCACAGAGUCGGGGUCAAAGGUCUUAGUUUAGUCUAGGAUUUGCAAAAUUCCAGUCCCCAGGUUUUCUAGAAAUCCUGGCAGGAAGGUUCCAGAAAUCCUGGCAGGAAGGUUCCAGAAAUCCUUAAAAGGAUCCCAAAUGAAUUGCAGACUACGUGAGAGUAGGUGAUACGCGUUACAUAGACAUUAACCUGUUUUUAUGUCUGUUUUUUUUAAAUUGGAUAGUUCUGUGAAUGACACGCACUCUAGACCAGGGAUUGGCCAGCUAGAGGUGUGGGGACUCCAGUCCUCAGGGGUCUGAUUUGGGUCUCGCUUUUUUUCUCCAUCCUUAGCAAACAAAAGCUGAUUUAAACUAAUUGCAUUCUAAACUGACGAUAAUGAAUAGUUGAUUAUUGGAGUCGGGUGGUUUAUCUGGGACUGUGUCUCCAAUCAGUCCCCCCGAGGACUGGAGUUGCCCAUCCCUGGUCUAUAUGAUAGAUAAAGAAACAGGAGUUGGGAGUUCCAAUGUAACAACAGUUCAGAAAGCCACAAAUAUAAGAAAUUAAAAAAACAUUAUUUGUAUG